AUCAGCGGGAGGUCCCCGCCCCAACACAACCUGUGGUUGGGGCAGCGUCUUCUCCCCCAUGGCGGCUCAGCUGCGUGUUGCUCGGAAAUGUGCUCCCCCUCGGAUUUCGAGGACGGCACCCCCUCGUCGCCGUGCAUCUCCGUCUGCUGCCAGAGGUAGUCUGCCCGAGCGGGAUGUACUUUGUGCAUCGACGCCCUUUCCCGUGCUGCCCAUUCCUCCGUAUCCUUCAGCAAGUGUGCCCUUGGCCUCGCCAAAUGCACAGCGGGCAAUUUGGCCCCGCUCGCCUUCGCCCCAGCCGUUUCAUAUGCCUCGUACAUCCAACGGGGGUAGUUACGAAGACGAGCCCCAUCCCCGCCCAAGUCGCUUGGAAGAAAGGCAUUCGUCAUGCACCAGUACUCACUACUCAUCAGCAUCCACCUGUCCUGCUCCGUGCGCCUGCCCUUACGGCAUUCUGUCGAGCCUGCACAUUGGCUCCCACUCUCAUGCUCUCUCGCCCGCAUGCGUCUGCUCCUGUUUGGCCCACCACGAUCCUCUGUUGUCGCUCGGUCGACAUGGUCCCCACUUGCAUAUUCUUGGCAUUCCGCGGCUGUGCCUUCCCAUACAGCGGCUUCUCUUUCCGCCGGCUUGCGGUACUGCCCAGGGGCCGCGGUAUCCUUGCUCGCCUUUGGCUCUAGCAUUCGUCUGGAAUGGGGACCUCUUCGCCAGCCUCCCGUCCCUGUGCUGGGCGUGGGCCGAGUUGUUCCCAUCGCAGUUCCCAUUCCCAAGCGCGACCAGGGCGAAUUGAUUGUGGGUUGUCUGGCUCGAGUGCAUUCCCCUGGAUCGAGUGCGCCUCCCUGGAUCCGCCCUCCAGCCGGAUCGAGUGGGGUGCAAAAAAAGUCGGCCUGUCGCCGCAGCCGAUUCCACCGUCAGGCUCGUGCAUCUUGUCUUGGAUCGCAGCUCCUCCGGCCAUCCGCCAUCCACUCGGUUUGCGUCUGUUUCCGCAUCCACAGCCGUUAUUCGAUUCCCUCGCUGCCAUUAGAUUAGACUGCAGUCAUGUCUGUCUACGAGAAAAU